GCUCGGGCCUGCCGCGUUGCCUGGGAGACGGGGACGGCCUCGGUCGGUGCAGGAGCCAGCAUGAAGUUUGCUGAUGUCGUCCUGCUGUGCUCCGGCUUGGGAAUUUUAGAUGGAGCCUCUUUACCACACAAAUAUUCCACUGUUUUGCUAUCUGCUUUACCAAGAGAAGUAAUGGAAAGGGACAAUGUGAGGCAAUGGGAGUACAUCACUCCAACUUCAAAAUAUGAUGGGAGUUCAGAGGCUGAUCAAGUGAAGGUAAAUUCAAGCAGAAAGUCUCCUUCAGUCAAUGAAGUCCAGUUGAGAAGUUACAAUGGUUCCAUGCAAAGAGAAUCUUCAAUCCUUAUAGAUGUACGUAUCAAUGAAGUGGAUCAUAUGAUGCGGCUUGUCCGUCCCGUGGGUUCCAAUGUCGUAUUACCUGGAUUUAAACCUAAAAAUCUAGAAUCAAUUCAGUGGAGCUUCCUCAACUACAAAACAAAGAAAGCAAUCAUCGAAUAUUCGCACCAUAAGUUCACGAUAAAUCCAUUUUAUAGACACCGAGCAGAGCUUAACAUGACAUCUGGCGCAUUGCUUCUCAGGGAUUUGCGAUUGAAAGACAGUGGAAUUUAUGAAGUAAUUUUAAAUCCAAAAGGAAAAACACUUACAAAAGGGGAUGAGAUUUCAAGCAUUCAUCUGGAUGUCCAAGGAAAUCUGUUUGUUCAUGAAGACACCCUUGUAGGCUCCGUUAUUGUGUUGGUUAGCGCUGCAACAUCCUUCUGUGCAUCAGCCUUCAUCGUCUAUGCCUUGGAGAAGGAUCAAGUUAAAACGUACUGGCUUCAUGUGACAUCUGCAAUUGUGGUAUUUCAUGGAAUGUCCUUAUUUUGCCAACUAAUUACAUUUGUAAUCUUUAACGUAAAUGCAGGAUUUUCCCCUGUAUACCGAGCAGGUUCUGGAAUUGGCUGCAUCCUCUGUUUGGCAACAGUUACCUAUAUGAUGGUUCUUUUUCUGUAUCAUCACUCACAGCACUCUUUGUCCUUCCUUUCCAAUUGCUGGAAAAGAAACAUCUUUCUGGGAAGUGAAAUUAUUGCCGUGCUGAUUGCUUGUUUGCCACUUAUCAAGUCAAAGCAAAAUGUCAAAAAAUGUCAGUUAUCAUACCAUGCACUGUCUGUGAAAAUUAUUCUGAUGGUGAUGCUCUAUGUUUGUGGUCUUGGAUUGUUCGCCCUCUUUCACACCAAGUUCUCUUUUAAACUACGAAGAAACUAUGUCAAGUUGAAAGAGGUAAAACGGUACAGACAAAGCAGAAAUGAAGAAUCUUAGCUCACAGUUAUAAGGAGCUGUCGAGAUGAUUUAGUACCAACCAUCUUUCACCUGUGGAGUUGUGUAUUCUGUCUGGUAAACGUAGGGUUGAAUAUCUUCACAUUCAUUGUGUGCACUGCACUGAACACUUGUCAUUUCACUGCUGAAAGAGACAGGUGGAAGGAAUAGGACACUUCAAGGCAUGAAAGCAAAGACUGAGAUUGAGGAAAAUGCAUGUCCAAAAUUUCACAAAGCCAGACCA